AUGGUGUACUCUUAUUUGAACUUCCCUGUCGGAGGCUAUAUCUGGAUCGACUGCCCCGGCCGCUGGCACAACAGCUGCUCUCAUGCGUCACACUUCAGCCUCUACUCCAAUGGCAAGCGUUCAUGGAUGCGGCACGCAAGCAACGGGGUAUUCCAAGUGCGCCGAAAGAUUGAGAAAUUACAAUUCUCCCGAAAGUACUCGAGCUUGUGUCACGUGCGCGCUUGUCUCGUUAAGACUGAUAACGAUGACGAUGACGAUGACGAUUCAUCAGAUGAAGACGACUACUUUGAGUCUUGGGAGGAGAACAGGAACUGGUGCCUGGCGGAGAGGAAUAUACUCGGCGUGAACAAGGAGAUCCGAUCCGAGCUGAUGGAUCUGGUGUUUGGACGCACUGAGAUCGAUUUCGACGAUGUGCUGACAUUGAAGCACUCUCCUCAGGGUCCUUUUGCGUUAUAUCCUCGCGUCCAAUGGCCAGAUACGGUGUUCUGGCUGCGCCUUCUCCCUUCGACAUUGGCGCACAUGACAUCGAUUACCAUUCCGGGGAAGAGUUAUGUGGAAGACUACCGGUCUCUUUCCUUCAUCGCUACAUACGCGAUUAACUUGCGACGAUUGACUUUCGUAUGGGCAAGAUACUACAACAACAUCGACAUGGCCAACCGCCUAGUGGAGACGCUCCAGCAUUUUGAUAGGAUUGCAAAGAAGCUCCAGACGCUGCGAUUUGUGGUAAAAGGGUACAAGUCAACCAGAAAAGAUCAGGAGUUUAUACUAGAAAAGCCAGAGUAUGGGUUUACCGAGUCAAAUAUUCGGAGGCUGGUGCACGGGAUAUGA